CUGUGUACCCAGACUCAUGGUAUCGUGAUGUCACAUCCAACAAGAAGCUCUUGUCUCUUGCUGCAACCUACAGAGGUGCCAUCGUGGGAAUGAUAGUAUCUGAAAUAAAGAACAGGACCAAAAUACAUAAAGAGGGUGGAGAGAUUCCAGCCUCCAGCUUCUCUGUGGAUACACAAGUUGCAUACAGUCUACGUCUGGGAGGGGUAAAAGAACUCAGAAAACACAACAUAGGUUCCCUUUUAUUAGAAAGUUUAAAGGAUCAUAUUUCGACCACUGGACAGGAACACUGCAAAGCAAUCAACCUGCAUGUCCUCACCACCAGCAAUACAGUCUAUGAAAACAGAGACUUUAAACAGCAUCUCCAUCUGCCCUACUACUACUCCAUUCGAGGGGUCCUCAAAGAUGGCUUCACCUAUGUCCUCUACAUCAAUGGCGGCCACCGUCCCUGGACCAUCUUAGUCUACAUCAGCACCUGGGGCUCAGCACUAGCCAACCUGAGUUCCUGCUCCAUCCCACACAGGAUCUACCACCAGGCCCACAGCCUGCUCUGCAGCUUUCCGCCAUAG